AUGUGCUGCUGUUUCCGACCUGAGGCGGCGACUCUGGGCCGAAGGGAGGCGGCCAGUGCCGGGCCCGGGGAACAGCGCGCCCCCCUCGCCGGCUCGCACCGGCCGCCCCGCCGCACGCCCCGCCGGAGCCCGCCGCCCGGCGGAGGCUCCUCCCGCGCCCGCCCGUCCGCGCCGCCCCAGCCCGCUACCCCGCGCUCCAGGCGCUCGCGACCCGCCGACGCUCAAGGCCACCGGCUGCUGUCAGCCCGUUUUCCGCCGGGGAAGCCCCAACACGAGGACCCCCCCCCCCCGGCCUUCGCGGACAGGGGCCCCCGCCCUCAGGAGCGCCCCCAUCCCCGCCCGCCGGCAGCCCCGAACGUCCCUGUCCGGGUCCUCCAGGACCCCACGGAGCGUGCCGGCCCGAGCCUCCCCUCGACCCCCGCGCGGAGCUCGCGACUCCCACCUGGCGCCGUAGAAGCUUCUGGGACGUGCGGCGCGCGCGGCGGAGAGGCGGGCCGCGGCACCUCGUGCGGAGCCCGGGACCAGGACGUUCCCCGACGCCGGCCUCCAGCCCGCGGCGCCGCCGCCGCCGCCGCGCAGUUAAAUGGGGCCGGGACGGGGGCCGCCCCGCCUCUCCCGCCCCCUCCGGGCGCGCAGCGCGGCGCUGGCCCGGGGCCCAGCGGCGGAGGGCGCGCGCCGCCACCUGCACCGCCCGGCAAGUGCACCGCGCGCCCGGCCGGCCGGCCACAGCCCUGCGCGCGAGCCGGGGGGCGCCGGGGCGCGGGGGCGGCGCGUGAGGGGGCCGGGCGCGGGCCGCUCGGAGCGCGCGGGGCCUCGGCGACGGCGAGACGCGGCUGGAACGCUCCUCCGCCCGCUUCCUGGAAGCCACUCCUCGCCCUGGGCCGGCCGCCAGGCGUGGUGCCAAGAGCCGGGAUUGCCGACGCCGCCACCGCCGCCGCCGCCGCCGCCGCCGCCGGCAGGCGCGCUGGGGAGAGGCGGCCGCGGCCUCGCGAGCCAAGCCCGGGGCGCCCCGCCUCGGCCGGAGCCGGGAGGAGGGCCGCCGUCGCCCCCCACCCGCCGCCGCGAGCCUCCCCGGCCCGGGCGGCCCACACGUCCCGACCUCGGGACCGACCCCGUGCCGCGGCCCGGAGCUCGCUCACCCCACCCACGGACGUCCGGCUGCGGGGUCCGCGAGCGCCCGGGUAG